AUGCCUGGAAGGAGGCGCCACGGCAAGCAGCACAACAAAGAGACGCAGCAGCAGCAGGAACAACGGCAGCGAUGCGAGCAAGUGCAACAACCGCAAACGCAGCAUGAAUUGCAGCAGCCGCAGUUGCACCAACAAAAUGGGCGGCAGCAAGAGCUGCCAAACGUGACAGCUACGGCCAGCACUGCAGGUGGCAUGGAAGAAGAAGUGCAGCGGCGGCUGCAUAUUUGUAGCGCCAACGCUAUAGAUAUAUCCGUAGCCCAGAUGUUUGCUAAGGGCCCUGAGGGCACUCCCGUUCUUAUUCGCUGCACCGGCACACAGGCGGGCUCGUGGCGCAGGCUUUUGUACAUAGCGGAGGUGCCUCAGAAAGAAGCUGGCUCCCCUUUAGAUAAAUUCUGUUACAAGGAGACCUGGGGUGAGCAGCUGGCGCAGCACUCUCGAGGAGUGGCUUCUUUUGUGCCUGAUGGGUCUGGCAUCAUCUGCACGGAGCUGCCGCCUGAACCAUACAGACUGGGUUUGAGGUUCUGCGUAAACAGGCGCUCUGCUGUGUUCUUGGCCUCAUUCCCAGUGGGGGGUGUUGGUGGAGCCCUGCGCAACAUCGGCCCUCAAGAAAAUGGCCAGCAGAAGCCCUUGCAGGCGUCGUGGGUGCGCGUCUCCGGGGACGAGGACUGGGCUGCUUGGAACCCACGAGUUUGCGAGUCCGCUGCGGCGUUGCAGGGGCCGCUGCUGAGCUUUGAAGUCGCCUACUUGGCGCUGGCAGAUGACCCUCAAGAGACGAGGCCCCAUUUCGGAAACGCCCGCCUCCGUGUUGCAACGCUGGCGCGGGAUGGCGUGAGGGCCCCAUGGGUCGUGACAGGUCGCCGAACAGUUGUCAGUGUCAGUCCGUGCCUCCAUGAUGGCCCCCGUGCACAGCAGCUGCAAGCCAAGGAGAAAUUGAACUUUACAGGACAGCACGAGGAGGGGUCCCUCCUGUCUUCUCUGGGAAACUGUAUUUGCGUGGCGGGGCCCUUGCGGGGGGGCGGGCUACCAAGAACCCCUCAACUGCGCACCUUCCAGGGCCUCGCCUGUUACCAGCUUCCCCCCUGGAGGAGCCGUGGGUUCCUUCUGGCAAACACUCUCAUUGGUUGCCGCCAGGCAGUCGUUGCGGUCUGUACAGGCACUGAAGCUACCGGCCUGGGAGUGAGGCGGGUGCAGUUUGAAUGCGUCAACGGCCCCAAUACGCCUGCAGACGUAAAGGUAGCAGCAGCAGCAGCAGCAGUAGGAGACGUGCUGCUACGAGAUAGUUGGGGACUCUGGCUGCUUGUCCAGGCAAGCAGCCCAGUACAUGCACCCGUGUUGGUCGUUGCUAAGAUAAAAGAUCAGACAGUGCUGGACGAACCACAAGACCAAACCGACCCCACAGGACCUCCCCUCAUCGCCGAACUCGUUGAUGCUUUCUCCCUGAGAGGGGGGCCGGAGGGGGCCUUUAAUGGAGUGAGGGGCCAGCAGCAACAGCAGCAGCUGCAGCUGCUGCUUACUGCUUCCUGGGGCGAAUUGUUGGGGUCAUUCUCGCGUGACGUACUGUUCGAGAAUUUCUGUGGCGUGAAGAAGCUGCAGCUCCAUAUGGCGACUCUGUCGCUAUAUCACUUGGAAGCUCAACGUCACUGGCUGAUCCGCCUCGGGAAGCCCCCCAAGGGCCCAGCGGACCCGAGCCUUGCGGUGCUUAUCCAUGGGGGCCCCCAUUCUUGCGCGAGCUGUACGUACAGCCGGGACGUUCUCUUUCUUACAACCUUGGGCUUCGACGUGCUGGCGGUUAACUACCGAGGUUCUGCGGGGUUCGGCCAGGAGGAGUUGCUAUCGGUGCACGAGUUUAUGGUCAAGGGGUUUGCUCCCAAAUUGCAACACAGCGUUGCUUCGCAGUGGGCACAGGAUUUCGUGUUCCCGGUGUCGUGUGGAGAAGAUUUUGCCUUCUCAAAGACACCCUCUGAGGCGUCUCUGCAGCAAAUGCAGCGGCUAUCUCCGACGGAGUUCGUCAGUGCUGUACAGACGCCUCUCCUCCUUGCCGUUGGCGGUAAAGACCAGCGCGUGCCUCCUUCGCAAGGGCUUCUCUUCUGGCGGCUACUCAAUGCCCAGGGGAAGAAAAACAAGUUGCUGUGGUACCCGGAAGACAACCACAGCCUGGACGGCCCGGCGGCGGACGCGGAUUUCUGGGCCAACACGGGCGUUUGGUUUUUGAAGCAUCUGCAGCAGGUUUUGCUGCCUCCUUUGUAG